AAAACAAUUUUAACAAUUUUCGUUUUAGUAAAAAAUGUUAAUUUUUUUAAACAUUAUUAAAUACACUUAAUUUAAUUUUUAAAUAAAUAACUACAGGUACGUUAAGAGAUAAUUUAGUAUUUUUACACAGCUACCUACCUGAAAUUAACCAAUUGAACAAUUUUUUAAAUUUAGAUUUAACUAAAAGUGAAUUAAUUCAAAAAAAAAAAUUAACUAUUUUAAAAUGCAUACCAAUUAUUAUGUGAAUAUUUAUUAUAUUUUAUUCAAAAACAUUCUUACACGUAUUAUUAAAAAUUGCAUAAUAUUGCCUUUCCAUGUUUUCACUAAAAAAAGUUUUAGUAAUUAAAAUUUUUAAAAACAUGAAUAUUUAUGUUAGGUAUGUGUUACUUAUUGUUUAUCUUUACGCCACUCUUUAACCAUUAUUGACAAUUGUAUAUCAAAAUUCAGGAGUGACCUAUGGAUUGAACUCAAAUCAGGUUAUGACAGAGGUAAAUGUUACAAUUAUAUUUUUUGCUCAAGCUCGUGAGUUGUCUAAAAUAAAGAGUACAACUGCUCAAUUACCACAAACUUUAUUUGGACACAGUUUACGGUCCAUGUUGGUGGACAAAUUUAAUUUAUUGGCAAUAGGAAACACAUUUAUAUUAGCUGUCAAUGAGAAUUAUAUAUCUGACAGUUCGCAAAUUACGUUAAAAGAAAAGGAUAUUGUGGCAGUUAUUCCCCCCAUAAGUGGAGGUUAAAAAAAAAAAUGAUUGAUUUAAAGAUUGUGAAUUCUGAACUGGACAUUGGCUCUGCUAUGAAUUCUGUCAACUCGCCACAAUGUGGAGCUAUAUCCAUAUUUAUAGGAACAACUAGAGAACACUUUAAUGGGAAUAAAGUAAAAACAUUAUUUUAUGAAGCUUACGAGUCAAUGGCGUUGAAUGAAAUGAAAAGUAUCACUGUGUUGACUAGACAAAAAUGGCCAGAAGUUGUGAACAUUGCAAUACAUCACAGGAUUGGUGAAGUAAAAGUCAGAGAAGCUAGUGUAGUGAUUGCCGCAUCAUCUCCUCAUCGCAAACACGCUCAAGAAGCUGUCUCAUUUAUACUCGAAAGACUAAAAACCACCGUUCCCAUUUUUAAAAAAGAACAGUACGAAGACGGCAGUGGUGUAUGGAAAGCUAACGAAGAAUGUGCUUGGAAGAGUAACAAAUGAUAUAUUGUUAAACGUUUAAUAUAUUUAUACGUAAUCAGACA